AGGAAUGGCCAGGCCACCCAGAAAAGGCAAUCAAGUAAGUCAUUAUCAGGUAUCCUGGCAGGAGAGAAGCAAUCCUCUCAGAUUUCUGCUGGAGACCACCUCCUUCUGUGAUGGAGUAUAUAUGAUGUUUUCAGGGGUGGUCUUGGGCUACAGGGUGGGCAAUUUCAAAAGUUUAUAGGGGCUUGCGCACCAUUGUUCUGGGUCUCUCCUACCUUCUUGCAAGGAGGGGAAGGAACUCUGUUGCAACAGAAAAAUAAAGAUCUGCCUUGCUUUCUAUGGAUCUUGCCUCCAUCCAUUCAUCUCUGACUGAUCAUGGACUGAUCAGUCCCUUGGGGAGUUGGGAAGCAAAAGCCAAACCCCCUGUUUUUUCUAUAACACCUGCAAUAAAUAAAGAAACCUUGGGGUAAAUUCCCUCACCUUUUUUCCAGAAAAAAAAAAGCACUGGCAAAAAAUCCCCACACUUUGAACAGUUUUAUCUUAUGUGAUCUUAUGUUUUGUUCUCUUUUUUGCAAGAUCACACACCACCAGAGGUCCUCCUGCAGCCCUCUCAGCAACAGCCCUAACAGGCUUGGCUGCUGAACUACAACUCCCAACAUCCCUUGCAGCAGGAGUAAACAAGGUGGCACGAAUUGGAUGGGAGAAGUCUAAUUAAGCAAGAGCCAGGAGAUAGCUGGAAACGGAGAAGGAUGCACCUGGGAGUCUGUCUCGCAGCCUUGGGUCUUGUCCUCCCUUUGUCCUCAUCUUCUGAAUCGCACAAAGGUGGGCAUCUCUGGGCGCCGCGUGACUGUCACCUGCCCUCUAGAAAAUGCCAAUUGGAAAUUGGUCAAUAAAAAGAAUGGAAAUUAUAAUGUCACCGAAGAAAAUGAAAUCUUGACCAUUGAAGCCAUGAACAACAUGGAAGUGGUCAAGGGUGACUUCACCUGUCAGAAUGGCACGGCAUCCCGCAAGAUUUAUCUGCAAAUCAAAGCCUGUGAUGACUGCGUGGACCUGAGCAUCGGGCUGGUGGCCGGCAUUGUCGUUGCUGACCUGCUCAUUACCCUGGGGAUCAUGUUCCUGGUCUACUACUGCAGCAGCAAGAAGCCUACCACCAGCUUGGGUGGUGGGGCCGCAGGGGGAGGCGCCCGCGGACGGACACGAGGCCAAAAGGUGGACCGCCCCCCACCUGUCCCAAACCCAGACUAUGAGCCCAUCCGGAAAGGCCAGCGGGAGGUGUAUGCUGGGCUGGAGCCCAGGGCCUUCUGAGACACACCACAGUCUCUGUGUGGAGCCGCAGUGCCACGAAACCUCAUUGUUGCUGAUUGCUGGUGGCACCGCCAUCUCCCUUUGCCACCAGCAGCUUCCCUUGGUGGCAGGUGGGUUGCCACACACCUCUCCCUGAGUCUCACAGCCUAGAAAACCACCCUCCUUCUCUACAGCUCGGUCCACUCCCUUCAAUGGGUCCAGGUGCGCCUCCGAUGGGGUCCUUCCCAGCUCCUUGAUGUCCCAGUAGAAGAGCCUCCUUCUGGGUCAGACAAUCGUCAUAUCCAAGCCAUGCCUGGAGCAACUUUAGCCCUGCACUGCAGAGAAGGAUGUGGGGCACAGAGAGCUGGGAGUCACAGGGACUGGGAAGGGUGCUAUGGGCUUAGGGUCAUAGGCCCACCUGGGCUUGCACUGUGAAUGGUGUUCCAACUCUGAGCCAGCUCAGAUUCUCCCGAUUCCUCCUCUCCAGCCACACACCUGGGCAGGAGCUGGUUGCUGGGUUAUGCAGGUGGGGGAGAAAUGCUGGGCAGAGAGGCUUGUCCCAUUGUAGAGCCUUAACUAUGGGGGCUGACAGAAGCCGAGCCCUGUUCUAAGGCAUCUCCCCUUUGUUCAUUCAUCAGUCCUGGCCCACCUUUAAGCCUCUUUGUAGUCUGGUCCCCACCCCAAAAGUGCUCCUGUGACCCAGGGAGGACGGUCGGUCCUGAUUAAAUAAUCUAAGCUGACUUCUCUGCUGCCCUUCUCUCACCCAGCCAUGCUGUGUUUGGGCACCACAGCAGAUGCGCUGACCCCUUGGGGGACAGAACUGUAUGUAUUUUGUUUUGGUUGUGUUUGCAAGGAAUUCUAAUAAAGUGCCUUCCAGGCCAGCGUGCUGCAUCACACUGGCUCUCUUUGCACGUCA